GGCGCUUCCGGGUCACGUGCCGGGCGCCUUGAAGCGGGGUGCGGCGAGCGGCGGAGCGGGAGCCGGCCCGAUCCUUCCAAAAUGGCCUCGCUGCUCCAGUCCGAGCGCGUCUUGUACUUGGUGCGCGGCGAGAAGGAGAUCCGCAUGCCGCUCUCGCAGCUCUACUUCUGUCGCUACUGCAGCGAGCUCCGCUCCCUCGAGUGCGUCUCCCAUGAGGUGGAUUCCCACUAUUGUCCCAGUUGCUUGGAAAAUAUGCCAUCAGCUGAAGCCAAGCUGAAGAAGAAUAGAUGUGCUAACUGUUUUGACUGCCCUUGCUGUAUGCACACUCUCUCCACCCGAGCAACAAGCAUCUCUGCUCCUUUGCCUGAUGAUCCAGCCAAGACUACAAUGAAGAAAGCUUAUUAUCUGGCCUGUGGCUUUUGUCGCUGGACUUCCAGAGAUGUUGGCAUGGCAGAUAAAUCAGUUGCCAGUGGAGGCUGGCAAGAACCGGAGAAUCCUCAUACCCAAAAGGUUAACAAACUGGUUGAGUAUUAUCAACAGUUGGCUCAGAAGGAGAAGAUGGAGAGGGAUCGUAAAAAGCUGGUUCGACGUCGACCCUACAUGCCGCUGGCUUUCUCGGACAAGUAUGGCCUUGGAACCAGGCUUCAGCGCCAGAGACCCGGAGCCCCCAUCAGUGCCCUUACUGGACUCUCGCUGAAAGAGGGAGAGGACCAGAAAGAGAUAAAAAUUGAACCUGCUCAGGCUGUGGAGGAAGUGGAGCCUCUGCCUGAGGAUUAUUACACAAGACCAAUCAAUCUAACAGAAGUGACAACCCUGCGGCAACGCCUCUUGCAGCCAGAUUUCCAGCCCAUCUGUGCUUCUCAGCUUUACCCACGUCAUAAGCACCUUUUGAUCAAACGUUCACUACGCUGCCGGAAAUGUGAACACAAUUUGAGUAAACCAGAGUUCAAUCCGACUUCUAUCAAAUUCAAAAUCCAGUUGGUAGCUGUCAACUACAUCCCAGAAGUGAGAAUCAUGUCUAUUCCCAAUCUGCGCUACAUGAAGGAGAGUCAAGUUCUUCUAACUCUGACUAAUCCAGUGGAACACCUUACCCACGUGACACUGAAAGAGUGCGAGGAGGGAGAUCCCGAUGACAUCAACAGUACAGCAAAGGUGGUGGUUCCAUCCAAAGAGCUAAUCCUGGCUGGCAAAGAUGCAGCAGCAGAAUAUGAUGAGCUGGCAGAACCGCAGGAUUUUCAGGAUGACCCUGACAUCAUAGCCUUCCGGAAAGCUAACAAAGUUGGGGUAUUCAUCAAGGUCACUCCACAGAAAGAGGAGGGGGAAGUUACUGUAAGUUUUAAGCUAAAACAUGAGUUCAAGAACCUUGCUGCUCCAAUCCGGCCCACAGAGGAAAGCGAUCCGAGUUGUGAGUGUGUCAUCUGGCUCACUCACCAUGUGGAGCUCAGCCUGGGCCCUCUGCUUCCGUGAAACUGGUGUGUAACUGGAUCCUAAGCAACGGCCAUGCACUACACUGUAUCACUAUUGUAGAAGAAUGCAUCCUGGUGAAAUGCUGAAGGCACUGCUUCAUGGAGGUCCCCCUUGGGAUGAACACACACUGCAAAUUUCAGCCAGAAGGUGAAGAGGUGGGACUGUGAGAGAAGAGCCAUGCUUCUGGGUGACUUGCUCCUCAACUUGCCUCUCGCAACAUCCGCUGUGUGAAUUGGUGGUCUUCCCACUGUGCCACGUGCUUGAUCUUUUUUACAGCACAAGGCUCAGUGUGCACAUUCCUGGCCAUCUUGUAUUAUUCCUUGCUAUCACACCGUCUGUGCUAGUAAAAAUCUUCACUAGCUUUGUUUGCAUCUGUUUAGCAUAGCUAGCACUUGAUAGUGCCAAUAUCUCUCCCCUUUGUGGCAAACUCUGUUCAGAGUAAUACCUACAAGGCUGCAGUAGCAUCUUCUAGUAAAGUAGCCAUCCGUAUCAGCAUGAGAUGCUCUUGCUUUCAGCUUCUUUGGACAGAUCAUCAUUUUCAGACAGCACUCAUUGGUCUUUGACUCAUGUAUGAAAUGUUGGUAUUUUGUGGGAUGGUCUCAUGUUCUGUACAGCUUGACUUGGGAAAGGUGAUUAAGAAAAAGGCCAUCUUAGGAUCCUGCAGUUUUGAAGGGCUCAGUAUUUCUACCACUCUUAUGUUGAAAAUGCUGAUUUAGAAUGGAAUGACAUAGGGCAGUCCAUAAAUCAAAAGGCUGCUUUAGUUGAUGCAGAGGUGCCACUUAGGGAUCGCGACAAGAGGCAGGUCUUACUGUUUCUAUUAUAUUAUUCCUAAAUAAAUGUCUUAUCUACCAAAGAGAUUUGAUUUUGAAGAGCAAGAUCACUUGAAAUUGAAGACCUCUUGAGAAAGGAGCUACCAGUACCCACUGUGCAUUUUUGUACUGAAUGUACUUAAGUCUGAAUUUCCAUACCAUCACAGGCAUAAUAGAAUGGUUGCCAUAACACAUGGAAUAAAUUGUUGUAAACUAUGUAAUUCCCUGAUCUUACUUCUAAACUUCAAGCAGUGACUUAAGUACAGUUUUUCAGUGCCACUAAUAUUAUACACAAACAUGUUCUGACACAAAAUUUCUCAGAUCUUUAUUUGCUAGAUUACUGAGGAAAAAAGCAAUGAAACCUGACAAACUGCUUCUUCUGCUUACAGUUCCCAGACUAAGCAAGAGAUGGAGGUAUUCUUUGAAUGGGAGUUGUAAGCUAUAACUUGAGAGUAAUGGGGUUAUAUGAAGAUCACAUGAUUGCAAACUGUUGGUAACAGGCACAUAGUACAAAAUGACUGCCUGUUCUGUAACUCAAGAGAAAUAAAUGCAUAUUGAAUACAUAUACUAAAUAGGGAGAUGCACUGAAGAUGGCUGGAGAAAAUGUUUUCCUUGUAGAUGUAAGUUGUCUGAAGGUAUAUUGAAUAGUCACCAUUUCUUUGGCAGCAUAUGGAUGAAGGUUGCACUUUAUUUUCCAGUUUGUGCAAUGGGUGUAAAAAACAAAAGGAGCUCGGUGUUCACAGGCUUGGGAAGACUAUACACAAUGUAAAGCAUGAAUAUAAGUCUAGCCUGUGUUUUUUCUUAGAUGUGUAGUGUUUAGUGUCUGCUACUCUCAGUUUAUAAAGAACUCCAACUCUAACCCCAGAUUUAACUUCUAAGCUAAUUCUUAGCCAAACCUUUUGGAAGUUCACUUAAUAGAGUUGAGACGUUGCUGUGCUGGUGUGGUGUACACUUAAGCUUCUUGUAAAGUGUAUAGGAAAGCUGGAUAUACUUUGGAGGCUUUUUUUUUUCUUUUAACAUUUUAGAGUAUAGGAAUAACUGUUAAGAUGUAUUCCACACACUUCUGCAGAAACAUCUCACUGGCUCCUCAGUAGAGGACACUGGAAACACUCUGCCUUUAUCAAUAUUAAUGACUGUUUUUGCCUUAUCAUUUAACUUAAUGUAAGAAACUUGAAAUAAAGAUGCAAACCUAUA